UGGGCUGGCUGGAAGGCUGGCCUGAGUUGAUCUCAAGUUACAGCCUUUCCUCCUCCCUCAGGAAGUAAAGUCCACUGGCAGGACUGCCUAAACCACUCUACCCUGCUAGACUACAAUGCCUGCUUGUUUUCACCAAGCAGCGGUAUGAAAUGCCUUAGAAAAAACCUAACAUUUUAUAAAAGUAACUAUUUUUUCCUUCAAAAUUCCCUUAUCUAUAGAGGAGAGGAUUCAUUUGCUGAACACAUCCUUAAAGUGAUUUUCUGACAUAACCCAAAGGAAGCAUCAUGAAGAGAGAAGAAAAGACCUUUCCUUAUGCUAAAGCCCUGGAUGGAGGAUGGGGAUGGAUGAUCGUGUUACAUUUUUUCCUGGUAAAUGUGUUUGUGAUGGGGAUGACCAAAACAUUUGCAAUUUUCUUUGUGGUCUUUCAAGAAGAGUUUGAAGGUACUUCAGAGCAAAUUGGUUGGAUUGGAUCCAUCAUGUCAUCACUCCGUUUUUCUGCAGGUCCCCUGGCUGCUAUUAUUUGUGACAUAAUUGGAGAAAAAACUACCUCCAUUCUCGGGACUCUCCUUGUUUCCGGUGGCUAUCUUGUCAGCAGUUGGGCCACAGGGAUUCCCUUUCUUUGUGUGACUAUGGGACUGUUACCUGGAUUAGGGUCUGCUUUUUUGUACCAAGUAGCUGCUGUGGUAAUUACCAAAUAUUUCAAAAAACGAUUGGGUCUUUCUACAGCAAUUGCCCGUUCUGGAAUGGGACUGACAUUUCUGUUGGCACCCUUUACACAAUUCCUGAUAGAUCUUUAUGACUGGACAGGUGCUCUUAUAUUAUUUGGAGCUAUUGCAUUGAAUUUGGUGCCUUCCAGCAUGCUCUUAAGACCCAUCCACAUCCAAACAGAGAACAAGUCUGAUAUUAAAAACAAAGGUAGCAGUUUGUCUACAAAUGGACCAGAGGUAUCAGACAGGACAGAACCAUCAUACUGCAAUGAGACACAAGAGUCUUCUAUCCAAGGCACUUCUAUGAAGAAAUCUGGACAACAUAUUAAAAAUUUAACUGUCUUAGAAAAUCAAAGUGAAGAGUUCAGCAAUGGGCCUCACAGGAACAGACUGAUACUUAUGAGCAAUGACAAAAGUUACCAGAAAAAAUCAGUUCCAUGGAACUGUAAACAAAAUCUUUUAGAUAUUUCUCUCUUUAAGAAUCCUUUCUUCUAUAUAUUUACCUGGUCUUUUCUCCUCAGCCAAUUAGCAUAUUUCAUUCCUACUUUUCAUCUAGUAGCCAGAGCCAAAACACUUGGAAUUGACAUAAUGGAUGCCUCCUACCUUGUGUCUGUAGCUGGUAUCACUGAGACAGCCAGUCAGCUCAUUUCUGGAUGGAUUGCUGAUCAAAACUGGAUCAAGAAGUAUCAAUACCACAAGUUUUACCUCAUCCUGUGUGGUGUAACUAAUCUGCUUGCUCCUUUAGCCACCACAUUCCCACUCCUUAUGGCCUAUACCAUCUUUUUUGCCAUCUUUGCUGGUGGCUACUUGGCACUAAUACUCCCAGUACUGGUCGAUCUAUCUAAGAAUUCCAGAGUACACAAGUUUUUGGGAUAUGCCAGUUUCUUUGCUGGAAUAGCUGUCCUUUCUGGACCACCAAUAGCAGGAUGGAUCUACGAUUAUACACAGACAUACACAGGUUCUUUUUACUUCUCUGGCACCUGCUAUCUCCUCUCUUCACUCUCCCUUUUCUUUGUACCACUGGCUGAAAGAUGGAAAAGCAAACAGUCUGACCUUCAAAGGACUACAAUCAAGUAAGAGCUUAACAAAAGAAAAUCUAAACAA